GGAAGAGGCGGGGCUCGUGCAGCGCCGGGCGGGCGGGCAGGCGGUGGGGCCGGGAGACUGCUGCGCUGAGCAGGGCGGCGGGCCUGGGGCUGUGACGGGCGGUGAGCGCGGUGCGUCCCGGCAGGCAGGGCACCAUGGUGAAGGAGACGGAGUACUACGAUAUCCUGCAGGUGAAGCCCACCGCCUCCUCCGAGGAGAUCAAGCGCGCCUACCGCAAGCUGGCGCUGAAGUACCACCCCGACAAGAACCCCAGCGAGGGCGAGCGGUUUAAACUCAUAUCCCAGGCAUAUGAAGUUCUGUCGGACCCAAAGAAAAGGGACCUCUAUGACCAGGGUGGGGAACAGGCUAUUAAAGAAGGAGGCCUGAGUGGCGGCAGCUUCUCUUCACCCAUGGACAUCUUUGACAUGUUCUUUGGUGGUGGAGGCCGAAUGAAUAGAGAGAGAAGAGGCAAGAAUGUUGUGCACCAGUUAGGUGUAUCUCUUGAAGACUUAUAUAACGGCGUUACAAGGAAGCUGGCACUGCAGAAGAAUGUUAUCUGUGGGAAAUGUGAAGGCUAUGGUGGAAAGCGAGGGGCAGUAGAAAAGUGCCCUGUGUGUAAAGGAAGAGGAAUGCAAGUUCUAGUUCAGCAGAUUGGACCUGGCAUGGUACAGCAAAUCCAAACUGUGUGUCCAGAAUGCAAAGGCCAAGGUGAAAGAAUAAAUCCAAAGGACAGGUGUGACAACUGCAAUGGCUGCAAGGUUGUAAGAGAGAAAAAGAUCAUAGAAGUUCAUGUUGAUAAAGGUAUGAAAGAUGGUCAGAAGAUAGUAUUUCAUGGAGAAGGUGACCAGGAGCCUGAUCUGGAGCCUGGUGAUGUUAUAAUUGUACUUGAUCAAAAGGAUCACGGUGUCUUUCAGAGGCGAGGGCAUGACUUAAUUACAAAAAUGAGAAUUCAACUCUCAGAGGCUUUAUGUGGCUUCAAAAAGACUAUUGACACUCUUGACAACAGAGUCCUUGUCAUAUCAUCUAGGCCAGGUGAAGUGAUAAAACAUGGUGACCUAAAGUGUAUCUACAAUGAAGGGAUGCCUAUCUACAAAUCGCCAAUGGACAAAGGCAACUUAAUUAUACAAUUCUUGGUCCAGUUCCCAGAGCACCACUGGCUUCCAAGGGAGAAACUCAGUCUGCUGGAGGCUCUGCUUCCUCCACGAGAAGAUGUUAUGAUUACAGAUGAGAUGGAUCAGGUAGAUCUUGAAGAUUUUGACCCUAGUGAGCAAACCUACCGUAACAGUGGAGGAGAAGCAUAUGAAGAAGAUGAAGAAGGUCCAAGAACAGGUGUUCAAUGUCAGACAUCUUAAAGCAAGGUGGAAUGGCUAUCAUCUAAAAUGUAAAUUUUCACAAUGAAAACUGCAUGGCUGUAAUAGCCACUGCUUCUGUUUUUUGUGUUCAGCAAAUUGAGUUGCUGCGCUGUCAGUAUCACUUUUUUUGUAACUAAUUUAUAUUGUGUUCUUGUCUUUAUAUAUAAAGCAAACGUCACACAGCUGAGAACCAACUGAGUUGGUAUACAUUUUCUUGUGCUGUGAAGGUUCUCACUUUAUUUCACCUAUGCUAUUUAUAUAAGACCCUGGCAGUACUGCUAAGAAGUGGAGUGUCUUAUGUAAAUAUUUUCAUACUGGAAACUAAUUUCAUAGAAUAAAACAUAGCUGAAGUUACUUCUAAUAAAUAGAACUUCACAUUUUGUUUUUUUUCUCUU